CUCUGACACUAUAGAGAGAGAGAGAUAACGGGAGAGAGAGAAUACAGAGAGUUCAGAUUAACCGUGGAGUGUACUGACGAACUCUCGGAGUGAAUCACAAACACUGGACUCUAAAUCAAACAGUGGAGUAUUAUUUAUCUGACAGCUUUUCAUCGCUACCUGUCGGUCGCCUCAGAAUCAGAUAGCCCAUGUCGUCUGCCAGUGAGCUGUGUACGAUCCUGACCAACGCUAACAUGACCAUGUACCAGACUGGGAGCUCAGAGCCCCUGCAGCCGCUACAGCCCAGCCUCACCACCGUGUCUCUGCCCGCCAUAGGAGACCUGCUGCAACUCUCAGACCUUUCCUCAUGCAGUUCCAAUAUACUGGCUCAAUGGUAUGACCUGAACCCUCAGUACUGGAGCAAGCAGAACGUGUUGGAGUGGAUCAGUUUUCACGUGGAACGCAGUAAGUUUGAUGCCAGCACACUGAGCCUGUCCUACUGCUCCAUUGAUGGACCUACACUCUGCCAACUGACCAGAGAUCAGCUGUUAAACAUGUUUGGAAUGUCCCUCGGGACUCAGCUCUACCAGAGCCUGUUGGAACUCAAGGCCAAAUACGAUCUGAACGAGACCUGUAAGCUUCUGGACAACUUCCUUGAGGAGUUCCCAGACUUCCCUCUGCUCAGCACAGUAGAAGUGAACGAAGUUGUGACAGACACCAGCUAUACUGACUUCUCACACAUCUUCAAGAACUUCGAUAACAUGAAGCCGCUCAGCGAUAAUGGAUAUGAGUCCGACAGCAUGCACAGCUCCUCAUCAGGGGGAAUGCUCAGCUUCCAGAUCCCCAGCUCUCCAGAAUCCAGGAGCAGUGAGUCCGACCCAGAGUUCUCCUACCCUCAGAUAGCAAAAGGGCACAUAAAGACAGAGAGGGGAGAGACGAAGAAGAGAGGCAGAGGAAGACCUCCCAAACUCAGCCGAGACCACAAACACUUCUACCAGACCUCCACAAAGAGCAAACAUGCGCCUCGUGGGACCCACCUGUGGGAGUUCAUUAGGGACAUCCUGAUCCACCCAGAGCAGAACCAGAAUCAGGCUCUGAUGAAGUGGGAGGACCGCCGUGAGGGCGUCUUCAAGUUCCUCAAGUCUGAGGCUGUGGCCCAGCUGUGGGGGCAGAAGAAGAAGAACAGCAGCAUGACCUAUGAGAAGCUCAGCCGCGCCAUGAGAUACUACUACAAGAGAGAGAUCCUGGAUAGAGUGGACGGUAGACGGCUGGUCUAUAAGUUUGGGAAGAACUCCACCGGCUGGAAGGUGGAAGAGACCGAGCUGCAUGGCAUGUGAGAUACAAGGCAGGAGACAGGAAAGGUAGAGACCAACGGCCAAGAGGGACGAGGGUAUAAACUGGACAGACCAGUUCCCCUCAGUCCUAUUGUAGAUAGGAUGACCCACUCUCUGGAUGACAGCCCUACUCUACCUGAAAUAAUAUAAAGACACUUACUUCUCUUCUUCCAGGGGAGGUGUUGCAGAAAAUGUAAGCCAGUGUUUUUGGCUCUAGUAGGUUUUAUGAACCGAUAUAGUUAUUGUACAGUAAUAAUGUGUAAUAUGGACACCGCUCUGGGCCUACCAGUGAGUAGGUAUGAUGGUGUGUCUGUUUGUUUGUUUUCAGUUAUAUUCUCUCUAGGAUAGAUAAUAGUGGUCCUGUAUGACUGCAUGGUCUUGUACGGCUCUCUUGGUAGAGUAUGGCGCUUGCAACACCAGGAAAGUGGGUUCAAUUCCCAGGACCACCCAUAUGUAAAAUGUAUGACUGUAAGUCGCUUUGUAUAAAAGCAUCUGCUAAAUAGCAUAUAUUAUAACAAUAAAGGCAUUAAUGUUUGCAUGUAUAUAAGCACCUCACAUUGUGUGGGAGUAACUUACCUUAUGUGUCACUAUGACAACCAUAUGGGCAUUAUGAUUUUUACUGUGGCAAUGUAAGCACUGGGUAUUAUAUUCAUCUGUUUUUUUUGUUUCUAUUUUUUAUAUUAAUAUUUAACAAGCGACAGUCUACCAUUUUUAUAUGUCUAUUUGCCAAACCUCUGACUUCUAAAAUGAGCCAUUGUUAAGAAGAGCCUCAUGUUGUGUUUUACUCUUCUGGGAGUUAUGGGUAUAUAAGGGCUUGUGUUAAAUUGUAAACCUGAUAUGAAGGAGGGAGGAGACACAUGGAGGACAAACAAAAGAUAGAGAAGAGAGAGAGGGAGAAAGGGAACAAAAUGAAGGGAUACUCAUUAUAAACUAUUGGUGACAUGACGUUGUGUACUUCGCUGUUUCAGCGUGAAAGUAUAUGUCCUUUAUAGCCAUAUUAAUCUUUAUGUAUCUCACCAGACGAGACCUACGUCAAUACAGUAUGUAUUAAUAAUCAAUUUAAAACAAAAAUCAGUUUCAAACAAAUCAACAACUCAACUCCUGUUCUUUAUGAUUAUUAGUUAUGUUAUUCAGCGGGUCUGUUUCCUUCUAGAUCACUCAAUAUCAUGUGUAUGAGAAUUCAAUCUCAGAUUGUAUCGUUUGUGAUAUUUUUACACACAUGUAUGUAUGGCUUAUUGUUUUAUUUUGUACAGUUAUUAAGAGCAUUUUUACAGAAAUAAACUCUGUUUGAAAUAA